CACUCUGUUGGUCUGUAGCUGCGUAGGAGGAGAAGUAGACCCCUAACAGGACAGGACAGGACAGGACGGGACUUCCACACAAUGCUGCCUUGUUCCAACUUUCAUUUUGCACGCAGAAAGUUCUACUCAAGCAGAAACAUUUAGACACGACCACUCCGUGUGGAUUUUAUUGGAUCUUUUCCACUUUCCCGUUUUCUUCGUUGUGAACUUCUGCUCCAACUGUGGACGGCCUUCAGACCAAACAUGUUGCCCAGUUUCUCACAGUCGCCGAACUGGCUCAGCUCUGAGCCGUUUAUGUUUGAGGAUGUGCAAAGUUUGAUGAAGGAGCUCGACUACCUACCGACACCCCCCCAGUCCCCUCCCAUGAAGGCCAGCCAGGGGGCCGGGAAGCCCCUGUCCAAGGAGGACCAGCUGAGCUAUGUGUCAGACAUCCUGCUGGAGGAUCAAGACCUUCAGCUCCUCAACUGGACCUGCGACUUCUUUAACUCGGACUCCUCAGGGAAGGAGGGCGACUCCUGCCUGCCCUGCUCCCCCCUGGACGAGGGAACCGAGGACUCCCUGUGGCAGUGCCUCUCAGACAAGAAUCUGGAGGAGAAGCUGGUGUCGUCGGUGCUGGGCUCCAGCCCGCUGCUCUCAGACAUCGACACCUGCAUCUUUGAGGACAUCGUCAGCUCUACACUGAACUGCCAGAACCUGAUUGGUGCUCAGGAGCAAAGCGAGGCCACUUCAGACUAUGGGUCAGCCGGGGGGGAGAUGUCCAUGUCUUCAUCCAGCGAUUCUGAAGAAGAAAUUGAUGUUGUGUCUGUGGGGUCGUCCAGCCCUUCUUCUCUGCCCUCGUCUGCUGAGCCUUCAGUCCGGAAGCUGAACCAAGAGGAGGAGCAGCGAGCCAUCCAGCUGCAGCACAACUACGCUGCUCCCUGCCCUGCCUCAUCUCCACCUCCAUCAGCAUCCUCCCACAAGCGCUCGAGAGGGAGCGAUGGUUCAUCUCGGUUCCAUCACGCCACCCGCAGCUUCACCUCUUCUUCCUCUUCCUCGCGUUACCACUACUCCUCUCGAAACUCGACUGAGACGGAGGAUGAGGAGGAACGGCGGCGGACUCAUAACGUGAUGGAGCGUCAGAGGCGCAACGAACUCAAGAACUGCUUCAUGCGUCUGCGGGACAACGUGCCGGAGCUGUCCCACAACGACAAGGCAUCCAAGGUGGUCAUCCUGAAGAAAGCCACAGACUGCAUCUAUGGCCUGGAGAACGAGAGCCACAAACUGCGAGCCAAGAAAGACAAACUGAGAGCUAAACAGGAGGAGCUGAAAGCCAGGCUGGAGCAGCUCCGCAGAUAAUGGACCAUCAGGGUGGGGACUGUAGAGACUGAUGCCCCACCAGGCUGUGAAGCGCACACAAACCUCAACAUUUCAAAGACUCUGGUAGAAAGACUUGGACUAUUCACUAGAUGUUCAGAACACACUCGUUGCCUCAGAAUCAAUCCUUUAUGCCUUGACUGCUGACUGUUGGAGAGUUUAAGGUGGUUUUUUUUUUGUGUUUCCUUCCCAUUCCCACUUUGAUCCCUUGUAGCGCCAGGGAUGCCAAACGGCUCGUGAAAGUCAAACGUUCCUGUUUGGCCAAAUAACUGGAGCCCGGUUUUCCCACUGAAACUUGAAUCUUGUACUUUCUGGAUGUCUUACAGCCAUAUGUCGACCAGUGAUCCCUCCAGUCCGACCAGUACUGGAGGCUUUGAGGGUCCAGCUUAGCCUGGACCUGAACUGAACUGAACUCAGCUAAUCAGAUGUAAAAAUGUGCUUCAUGACAUGAUGGAUCAACAUCCUGUUAGGACUUUGCAUCUGCUUAAAAUUACUGUCACUGUGCCUCAGAGGGUGUUUAUGGACCAGUUUCCAUAAACUGGAUCCUGUGAUCAAGUUCUGAUAAAGUCCUGAUGGUUCUGAUGAGCCAAGCAGUUCUCAUUGAGUAGGUUUGAUGUGUUUGUGGCAGCAGAAACAUCAUGGACUCGUAUUUGUUAUUUUGAUGACACCUGAACAGAUGAGUGCUGCAGAGAUCCGAUGCUUGGAGUAAAGCAGGAGUCCGGAUGUGUUUUCCACCCGAGCUUCAUUUUCCGUUACGGUUUCUAACAAAGUGUAGAGAUUAGAUGCACGGAUGUCUUAGUGUUUUUAUAUUCAGAGUUCUUCCUCGUCAGGUUUGAGAGGACAGGUUCUAGUUUGUGCUCUGAUGACCCGGUUUUUAAUUUAAAACUUUCUUUCUGUCAUUGUGAUCCUGUUCAGUUGAAAUAUCUCCCAGGAAUGUUUGACUUUCUGUUCAGUCUCCAGUACGAUGAUGCAGUGAGGUGUUAACCGGAAGGCAGGGAUUUAGUUUUAUUUUGUUCCUCUACAUUAAAGUUCACAAACCUACCUCCACCUGGCUGCAGUUAGGUCUUUUUUGUACAUUUGUACAUUUUUUAUUGUAUAAUAAAUUAUUUUAGUAGUUUUUUUGUUUGGUAUGAAUUUUUGGAAAUGAAGCACCUUUUCUCAGUAUGAAAUAAAAUGAAAAAUUAGAUUUG